AUGACACAGGCAGAGACGGGGCAGCCACCAGCCCAGGACAACAAGGAUGCUGGCAACUCCAGGAGCCGGAGGAGGCCCGGCCCAGAUUCGCCUCGGAACCCGCAGGAGGGAGGGCCCAGCCCUGCAACCCCUGAUCCCAGAGUGCUGGCCUCCGGGCUGCGAGAGGAUAAAGUCUGUUGGAUGCAGCCCCCAGUUUGUGGUUACUUGUUGCAGCUGCGCAAGGUGACCAGCCCAGCUGGAUGGCGGGAUGUUGGUGAUGGGGGUGGAGACAAUGAGGAGGAGGAAGACGGUGAAGCAGGUGAUGAUGGAGGAGUGGCGGCGAGGACGCCCCACCCUCGGCCCUCGCAUCAGGUCUGGGACGCGGACGCCUCAACCAUGCUCACCCUGCGGGGGCGGGGGCGGAGGGUGGUGACGGGACGCCUGCCCAGGUGCGAGCGGAGGGGCGGGAAGGGGGGCGGCCUCCCAGCUGCCUUCCCCGAGGGGCGGGCCGCGCGCCCCCCGCGCCGCCGCCGCCGCGAGUCCAGCUCGCAGGAGGAGGAGGUCAUCGAUGGCUUCGCCAUCGCCAGCUUCAGCACGCUGGAGGCCUUGGAGAAGGACAUGGCCCUGAAGCCACACGAGCGGAAGGAGAAGUGGGAACGUCGCCUUGUCAAGAAGCCCCGUGAGUCAGAAAACUGCCCGUCUGCAGAGCCUGGUGAGAACGGGCGGCCCCCGGAGGCAGGCAGCUCCGAGCAGGACCUGGAGCCCACCUGCGACCGAGGGGAGGAGAAGGCCCCGCUGCAGCCCACCCGGCAGAUGAAGGUCACGGUGUCCAGAGGGGGCGACCACAACAGUGACGGCGACAGCGUCCGAGAAGCCACCAGCUCCCGGAGGAGCAGUUCUCGGGACCAGCUCAGUGACAGCUCGGCGCGGGCGGUCUCGGGCAGAGGCUACUCCUGCGACAGCGAGAGCGACGGGGAUGACAAGGCGUCUGUGGGAUCCGAGAAGCUCUUUGCCCCGGCAGUCGAUAAAGGACCCACGCUGGGCGAGAAGUCCGAGGCCAAGGCCGGGGCAGCGCUCAAAGUCUCGGGCCUGGAGCGCAGCCGCGAGCUGAGCACCGAGCCGCCCUUCCUGGCCCCUGUGCGCAGCCCCGCGCCGGUCCUGCCCUCCGCCGGCCCCGCGCCCGGCGCCCCGUCCAGCCCACCCGUCAAGAAGGAAGCCCCGGGCCUGACCCGCCUCACGCCGCAGCCGCCGCCCGCGCCCCUGCAGACCCGGGCCUCCUUCCCGACGCACGUGCCUCUCCCCCCGGGCGCCUUCCCGGGCCCCGGCGUGGGCGCGGGGCGCGCCGCCGGCCGGGCACUGAGCGCCCCUCCCUGCAGCAGGAGCAGCAGCGCCAGCAGCGGCGCCAGCCUGGGGCUCGCGAAGCACGCGUCCCUGUCGCCUCACGGGCCGGGCCCCCACCUCUCUACCUCACACUUGGCGCUCCGCUCGCAGGCCCAGCACCAGCACCACGCGGCGGCCAUGUUCGCCGCGCCCCCGACACUGCCCCCGCCCCCGGCGCUGCCGGCCAACAGCCUGGUCAUCCCAGGACACCCCGCCGAUGCCAGCCUGUUGAUCUCAUUCAGCCAGCCAAUCAUGUAUUGCCAGCCUCAUUCGGGGAUUCUGAUUGAUCACGAGCUGCUCAGGCAAGAGCUGAACGCGCGUUUUCUGGUCCAGAGCGCCCCCCUGGGCCCGGGAGCUCUGCUGCGGGCGGAGUUCCACCAGCACCAACACACACACCAGCACACACACCAGCACCAACACACAUUCGCCCCCUUCCCUGCCGGGCCGCCCCCGACGCCGCUCCUGCCGCCCGCCGCUCCCUUCCAGUUUGACAAGUACACGCCCAAGCUGGACAGUCCCUACUUCCGACAUUCCAACACUUCAAACCCACUCGAGCUAACAGGCCAGGCCAGUGCUGUUAACACCCUCCUACAGAAAGCCCCCGGGGUGUCAGACCCAUACCGGACAGCAGUCAGGAAGCCCGGGAAGUGGUGUGCUGUGCAUGUGCAGAUCGCCUGGCAGAUCUACCACCAUCAGCAGAAGAUAAAGGUGCAGCUGGGCCCUCACAAACCGGACGCGGGCGCCAAGCUGGACUUGUUUAGCAGACCCCCCGCCCCGGGUGUGUUCGCCGGAUUCCACUACCCGCAGGACCUGGCCCGGCCCCUCCUCUCCGGCUCAGGUGCUGCCCAUCCCACCACCAACCCGUUCGGACCCUCAGCCCAUCCUGGCAGCUUCCUGCCCACUGGUCACUUGACGGACCCUUUCAGCAGAUCAAGCACCUUCGGGGGCCUGGGGAGCCUGGGCAGCAACGCCUUCGGAGGCUUGGGCAGCCACGCGCUGACUCCCGGUGGCGGCCUCUUUGCCCCCAAGGAGGGCCCCACGCUGCACGGCCUGCCCAGCCCCCGCGAGGCCUGGAACCGGCUGCACCGGGCACCGCCCUCGUUUCCCACGCCACCCCCGUGGCCUAAGCCUGUAGACGCCGAGCGGGUCUCAUCCCUGACCAACCACGACCGAGAGCUGGACAAGAGCAGGGAGGAGCGGGACCUCCUGGAGAAGACGCGCCUGCUGAGCCGGACCUCGCCCGUGGCCGCCGUGGGCCACCCGGGCAGUGGCCUCCUGCUCCGCGGCCAGGGUGAGCCGGGCCGGCCCGGGGUGCCUGCCGAGCGCGAGGCCGAGCCCCGCGUCAAGGAGAGCCGCUCCCCGGCCCGGGAGGACAGCGCCAAGCCCAGCAAGGCGGCCCUGGGGGACGGCCUGCGCCUGGCGGGCCUCCUGGGCCGUGAGCCGGCGAAGUCGCUCGAGGUGGCGGCCGAGCGGCCCCAGAGCGACGACGUGAAGGUCAAGGAGGAGCGCGGGGAGGACGGCGACGCGCCCCCGCAGCCCGCCCGCCGCGCCCCGCUCGCCCCGGGCCCCGCCGCCCUCCUCGAGCCUCCCGAGCGCCCCUACCGCGACCGCGAGCCGCACGACUACAGCCCCGAGCGCUUGCGGGAAGCGCGCCGCGACGAGCUGGAGCGCGCCCGGGCCGCGCACCUGGACGGCGCGGCGCUGCUUCCCGCGCUGGGCGCCCUGCGCUUCCCGCGCCUCGCGCCCACCGCCGCCGCACUGCACAACGGGCUCCUGGCGCGGACCCCACCGGCCGCCGCCGCCGCCGCCUCGCUCGGCGCGCCGCCCCCGCUGGUGGCCGCCGCCGGGCCCCCCACACCCCCGGGGCCGCCGCGGAGCAGGACUACGCCGCUUGGGGCCCGCGCGCCCGGCGAGGCCCGCGACUACUCCCCGUCGCGCAACCCCCAGGAGGUGGAGGCGCGGUAG